CUGCUUCCUGACGCCCGACGAGGGACGAACAUUCCCGGGCACGGGAGUCGACUCUCAACCGAUCCCCCCUCGCAAAACCAGCUUUUUGAUAUCCCUAAGAGGAAACAAGCCUUACAAAUUGUUGCAUGGGGCGUUGUCUCUAAUAAACAUGGCCGCCAGCGUGCACUGUUCCUACUGCCGGGAGGACCUCGGGGGUAGGAGGUUCGUCCGCAACGAGGGCCGCCCGGUGUGCGUGCGCUGCCACACCAAAUUCUGUGCCAACAACUGCGCCGAGUGCCAUCGACCCAUCUCUGUGGAAUCAAAGGAGCUGAACCACAAGGGACGCUACUGGCACGAGGACUGUUUCCGAUGCGGAAAGUGUUACAAGCCGCUGGCGAAGGAGCCUUUUACCACCAAGGAUGAUCGCAUCCUGUGUGGGAAGUGCUGCUCCAGGGAGGAGGCGCCACGCUGCCACGGCUGCUAUAAAGCCAUCCUGGCUGGAACAGAGAGCGUGGAGUACAAAGGCAACUCGUUUCAUGAUGAGUGCUUCACCUGUUGCCAGUGUAAACGACCAAUGGCGUCACAGAGCUUUGUCUCCAAAGGGAGCGACGUCUAUUGCAGCCCCUGCUACGACAACAAGUUUGCCAAAGUCUGCGUUUCCUGCAAUAAGCCCAUAGUGUCAGGAGGAGUCAAUUACCAGGAGCAGCCUUGGCACGGACACUGUUUUGUGUGCAGCUCCUGCUCCAAACCGUUGGCCGGGUCCAGCUUCACCACGCACCAGGACAACGUCUUCUGCGUGGACUGCUACAAGAACAUCGUGGCUAAGAAAUGCAACGGUUGCCAAAUGGCCAUUACAGGUUUUGGCAAAGGAGUGAACGUUGUGACGUACGAGGGAGGCUCCUGGCACGAAUACUGCUUCAACUGUAAGCGAUGUUCCCUCAGUCUGAUCAACAAGCCCUUUGUGACCAAGGGGCGGGACAUCCUGUGUCCAGACUGCGACAGCAACUAGAAGCGGAAAAGAAAAGAAAGCUUGCGAGCUGUUAAGUUUGGACCUUUGGUGGUUAAAUGUCUUUAUUUCAAUGUUGUGAGGCGGCCAUUCUUGUUGCCAACACUCUGGGGAAAUCCCAUUUGAAAAUAUAAGAAAAAAAAUAUUUUUAUCUAAUGGCUCAUAUUUAACAAAAAGUAUUGGCAUUUUCGCAUACUGUAAGUUGUUACAGUAGUAGUGCUAAAACAAAAAACAUAAAAUGCACAAUGGUCUGGAGUACUACUUUAUGUGCACAAAAAAGCCAAAGAAAAAGUAAAAAAACAUUUUCAUAUUUCAUACUUUCCAUGCGUUUUUCUUCGUUAGUUCAGUAUGGACAGAUUACAGUGGAACCUCGAUUUACAAGCCUAAUUGGUUCUUCAACAGGGCUCGUGAAUCAAAAAGUUUGUACAGUGAAGCAAAUUUCUCCAUAAAAAACAAUAAAUAUGAAUAAUGGGUUCCAGCCUCAACAAAAGUUAAGUUUUGCACAUUUUGAACACAAUAUCAUCUCCGCUCGGGAUGGUCUCCUGCUGGCCCCACUAUGGACUGGACUUUCACUAUUAUGUUAGAUCCACCAUGGACUGGACUCUCACUAUUAUGUUGGAUCCACUAUGGACUGGACUCUCACAAUAUUGAUAGAUCCACUCAACGACCAAUGCACCGGUCCCACAUUGUCCCAUUGGGUUGAGUUUUUCAUUGCCCUGAUGUGGGAUCUGAACCGAGGUUGUCGUUGUGGCUUGUGCAGCUCUUUGAGACACUCGGGAUUUAGGGCUACAUAAGUUAACACUGAUUGAUAGAUUGAUAUAAAGUGCUACACAGUAUUGUAUAUCAAACAAACAAAGUUUGUCUUUAUCAACAAUGUAAAACAACAGCAAGCUGAACUGUCCUGUGUGCUCUGCUCUGCCAACACGCGCGCACACAUACAGAAAUCCCUGUGGCGCCUUCACACACUAUCAGAAAUCACAAAAAUCCUUAACUUUAACAACCAUAUUGCUACAAUAAUCCAUCCAUCCAUUUUCUACCGCUUUUCCCCUUUGGGGUCGCGGGGGGUGUUUGCGCCUAUCUCAGCUGCACAUGGGUCGGAAGGCGGUGUACACGCUGGACAAGUCGCCACCUCAUCACAGGGCCAACACAGACAGACAACAUUCACGCUCACAUUCACACACUAGGGCCAAUUUAGUGUGGCCAAUCAAACUAUCGCCACAAUAAUUAACAUUUUAAAUAGAAAAUACCCAUCCAUCCAUCCAUUUCCUAUCGCUUAUUCCCUUUGGGGUCGCGGGAGGCGCUGGUACCUAUCUCAGCUACAAUCGGGCGGAAGGCGGUGUAAACCCAGGACAAGUCGCCAUCUCAUCGCAGGGCCAACACAGAUAGACAGACAACAUUCACGCUCACAUUCACACACUAGGGCCAAUUUAGUGUUGCCAAUCUACCUAUCGCAACAAUAAUUAACAUUUUAAAAAGAAAAUACCACUUGCACUAUAUUAUCGGCAAAAGUCCUCUCGUGAGCAUUUCCUCACGAGAGAGGAACAAGCAGACAUGGAGAAACCGGAGGGGGCGAGAGGGAGGAGCCGUGUGUGCACCGAUGGAAGAGGAGCCGCUGAACAAGAGGUAGUCUUAUUCUCUGCUGUGAAAUAAGUCAGCUUUGGCCUAUGUUUCCAGAAAAGUCAGUUGAAAACUUGCUGUGUUACGAAGCUAUCUUCAUCAAAUCUCCUUAUUACAAGUAAGCACAAAAUGGCUGCGAGCGUGACACAACAUGAAUAAAUCAAGCAAUCGUACACGGAGGCAUAUUUGGCGCGGACUAAAGGUUUGUAAGUCGAGGUUUCACUGUAUUUGUAUGAUUACCUAGUAAAAUCAAUACACCAGCUUGUUUUUUAUACUUGAAAUGGGAUUAUAUACAUGAUUAUAUAUUAAGCCCACACUUGGUUAUCUUCAUUGUUGUCAUUCCAAAAUGCAUGCUAACGUGUAAGCAUUAGCAUUCGAUUUUUUUGAAAGUACAUCUUUUUUUUAAAAAUGUUUUUCAGUUAUGUGUCAUUCUGUAUAAAAUAAACAUGUUCAAACAAUUAUUAA